AUGUUAAAUAAUUUGGGGUUACAAAACCGCGGAAUACAUGUCAUCAGCCGAAGAACAUUGAGCAGAAGUAUUGAUGCUGAACAUGCGCUGCAAAUGUCCGCGAUCAAAUCGACGUUAGAAGCUGCACAAUAUAUAUGCACUGUUGUUGAUAUAUGGUGGAGUCGUAAACGAAGUUUUCUUGGAGUAACUGCUCAUUGGAUAGAUGCGGAUCUCAGCCGACAAUGCAAAACACUAUCUUGCAGGAGGUUUCCUGGAAUUCAUAAUUAUGAACGAAUUGCCAUGAUACUUGACGAAAUUCACACUGAAUUUAAUCUGAAUUCCACGAAGAUAGUCGAAACAGUUACUGAUAAUGGUUCCGACUUCAUCGAAGCAUUCAAAGAAUUUGGUAUAUCAAUUUUAAACUCAGAUUCGAUUGAUUUAGAAGAAGAUGAUUUGGAUAAUGAAGAAGAUGAUUUACGAGAAAUUAUUGAUCCACUUGAUUUUCAAUUAGCGUGUCAUUUCAGAUGCGCUGCUCAUACUCUGAAUUUGUCUGCUACUAAAGAUGCUAAUCGAAUACUUAAAGUAGAUAAUAAUACAUCAUUAUCUGAAAUGCAUCAUAAUGCUAUUGAAAAAUGUAACAUAUUGUGGAAUGCUGCUGGACGUCCCAAGACAGCAGAAAUCAUUCAAGGUGUUUUAGAACAUACACUUAGCAAACCUGGCGUUAAAAGAUGGAAUAGCUUAUAUGACGCUAUGAAGCAAAUUUACUCCAUCAAAGACAAGAACAUUCAACUGCAUAGAGCUUUGUGCCUCAGAAAUUAUAUCAGUAACCGUGAAUAUGAAUAUAUAAACGAAUACAUCACAUGUUCAUGUCCUAUUGCCGAGGCUUUAGAUAUACUGCAAGGAGAAACAAUAAUGUAUUAUGGACUUCUGAUUCCAUGUUUAAUGGCUUUACGCAAGAAACUGCAAAAAUUAGAGAACAUUCCAUUAACGUACUGCCAUGAUUUAGCAGCAGCAUACAGGCAAAGCGUUGAAAGAAGAUUCGACGAGUUUUUUAAACUGUUUACGUCUAAAGGUCAACAUGCUAUAAUUGCGACGUUGUCCUACCCGAGAUUCAAGAACAAAUGGUUUAGUUGCAUUACACCACAUGAACAAAGAAGAAUCAAAACAUUAUUUAAACAUGAAAUAGCAAAAGAAGUGUCCAAGAAUCUUUCGUAUUCUGAAAAUAGAGUUGCUGCUGAUCCAGAAAACUCAUUUUUUGAUUUCGAAUCAGACUCGGGAAGCGAAGCUGACAUACAAAAGCAAUCACUGAAAACCAGGGCUGAUGUAAUAGUAUCUCAAUAUUUUACUGAAGAAGAUCGUACUUUCAAUGUUUUAGAUCACUAUCCUGAAAUAAAAACUAUAUUUAAAAAAUACAAUACACCAUUGCCUUCAUCUGCAUCAGUAGAACAUCUUUUUUUCUUACGCCACUAUGAUAAACGUGCCAAAGUCAAGCAGAUUGUCUGA